CAGUGAAGCCAAACAAACCAAAAACCUUGGAGUUUGGAGCAGAGAAAGGUUUAUUGCAGGGGCAUGCAAGAAGACAGGUGGCCCGUGCCUCCCAAUCCCGAGUCCUGGAAGGGUUUCAACAAAGCACUUAUAAAGGCAAGAAAGAAGAAGUGAGACGCAAGCACAUCCGUCUGCACAUGGAAGGAGCGCUGACCGCCCGGGACAAGGUCGGGGUGCAGGAUUUUGUGCUGCUGGAUGCGUACACCAGCGAAUCUGCUUUUCUGGACAACCUCCGCAAGCGUUUCAGCGAGAAUCUCAUCUAUACAUAUAUUGGGACCCUCCUUGUGUCUGUGAACCCAUACCAGGAGCUGGGAAUCUAUACUCUGAGCCAGAUGGAACUUUACCAAGGGGUCAGCUUCUUUGAACUGCCACCACAUGUCUAUGCCAUAGCUGACAACGCUUACCGCAUGAUGUGCUCGGAGCUAAAUAACCACUUCAUCCUCAUUUCUGGAGAGAGUGGGGCAGGGAAAACAGAGGCCUCCAAGAAGAUCCUCCAGUAUUUUGCAGUGACCUGCCCGAUGACCGAAUCACUGCAGAGAGCCCGUGACCGACUGCUGUUCUCCAACCCAGUGUUGGAGGCUUUUGGAAAUGCCAAAACACUCCGGAAUGACAACUCCAGCAGAUUUGGAAAAUACAUGGACAUACAGUUUGACUUUAAGGGCAUUCCUGUAGGUGGGCAUAUCAUCAGUUACCUGAUAGAAAAGUCUCGAGUCGUCUAUCAGAAUCAGGGCGAGCGGAAUUUCCACAUCUUCUACCAGCUGCUGGAGGGUGGAGAAGAGGAGCUCCUUGCUUACCUGGGACUGGAGCGAGACCCCCAGCUGUAUAAAUACCUCUCACAGGGACCAUGUGUUAAUGACAAGAAUGACUGGAAAACUGUUUCCAAUGCCUUUUCUGUCAUCGAUUUUACUAAAGAUGAUCUUGAGAAUCUCUUUGGAAUUAUUGCCAGUGUCCUGCACCUGGGGAACAUUUGUUUUGAAGAGAACCAGCAAGGCUGUGCCUCUGUACCAGACACUCAUGAGAUCAAAUGGAUCGCCAAGCUCCUAGGGGUCCACCCAUGGGUCCUUCUGGAAGCUCUCACCCAUAGAAAAAUUGAAGCCAAAACGGAGGAGGUGAUCUGCCCACUGACACUGGAGCUCUCUGCCUGCGCUAGAGACGCGAUGGCAAAGGCUGUUUAUGGGCGAACGUUUACUUGGCUGGUCAACAAAAUCAAUUCCUCCUUAGUUAACAAGGACUUUACUGGAAAAACUGUGAUUGGAUUGCUGGAUAUCUAUGGGUUUGAAGUCUUCGACAAGAAUGGUUUUGAACAGUUCUGUAUAAAUUACUGCAAUGAGAAACUCCAGCAACUAUUAAUUGAGAGAACCCUAAAAGCGGAACAGGCAGAAUAUGAAAUGGAAGGUAUAGAGUGGGAACCAAUUCAGUAUUUCAACAACAAGAUCAUCUGUGAUUUGGUAGAAGAGAGACACAAAGGAAUCAUUUCCAUUCUGGAUGAAGAAUGUAUUCGUCCUGGUCCUGCUACAGACUUGAGUUUCCUGGAGAGGUUGGAGGAGAAAGUGGGAAAGCAUGCACACUUUGAAACCCGGAAGCUGGCAGGUCCGAAGGGCAGAAAGAAGAUUGGCUGGAUGGAGUUCCGGCUCUUCCACUACGCGGGAGAGGUCACAUACUGCACCAGGGGAUUCUUGGAAAAGAACAAUGAUCUCCUCUACAGACAUUUGAAAGAAGUAAGUCUGAAACUUAACUCUGUGUAUUUUUUAAGGCUCCGGGAUACUGAUUUGGGAUUUAACUGUCUUACUAAAUACAUAUGUUCCAAGGUGGGGACUCAGUUUAAAAACAGCCUGAGCAGCCUUCUGGAAAUUCUCAUCUCCAAGGAACCUUCGUACAUCCGUUGCAUCAAGCCCAACGAGAGGAAAGAGCCCAGCAAGUUUGACAACUUCCUCAUAAGGCAUCAGGUCAAGUACCUGGGGCUGAUGGAGCACCUGCAGGUGAGACGGGCCGGCUUCGCCUACCGACGGAAGUACGAGUAUUUCUUGCAAAGGUAUAAGUCCUUGUGCCCCGACACCUGGCCGCACUGGCGCGGGCCUCCAGCAGAGGGCGUAGAGAGGCUGAUCAAGUACAUCGGCUACAAACCCGAGGAGUACAAGUUAGGGAGAACCAAAAUAUUCAUUCGCUUCCCCAGAACUCUGUUUGCUACUGAAGAUGCCUUUGAAUUUAGUAAACAUCAAUUAGUUGCGAGAAUCCAAGCCACGUACAAAGGCUGCCUAGAAAGGAGAGUGUACGUGAGAAAAAGACAAGCAGCCAUUACACUCGAAGCCCACUGGCGUGGAGCCCUGGCUCGGAAGGAGGCCAAGAGGAGGAAGUGGGCGGUGCAGAUUGUAAGAAAGUUCAUAAAGGGGUUCAUCAAUCGCAACAAGCCCCUCUGUCCUGACAACGAGGAGUUCAUUGUGUUUGUGCGCAAGAAUUACAUCUUGAACCUCCGGUAUCACGUCCCAAAGAACGUCUUGGACAAGAGCUGGCUGAGGCCUCCUGGCAUCUUGGAAACUGCAUCAGAUCUGCUCAGGAAGAUGUGCACCAGGAACCUGGUCCGGAAGUACUGCCGUGGGAUCACCACCGAGAGGAGAGCCCUGAUGCAGGAAAAGGUGGUCACGAGUGAAAUAUUCAGGGGAAAGAAAGAAGGCUACGCAGAAAGCUUAAAUCAACCCUUUGCCAACAGCCGAAUAGAUGAAGGAGACAUUAACCCCAGAGUGCUUCAACUCCUCAGCAGCGAGAAAAUCCAGUACGGCGUCCCGGUCAUUAAACACGACAGGAGAGGCUUCAAGAUGCGGCAGCGGCAGCUUAUCUUCACUCAGAAAGCAGCCUACGUGGUGGAAUCUGCCAAAAUCAAGCAGAAAAUAGAGUACCCCACCCUCAAAGGUGUCUCCACCAGCAGCCUCAGCGACGGGAUCUUAGUCAUUCAUGUUUCGCCAGCAGACAUCAAGCAAAAGGGGGAUGUCAUCUUACAGUGCGAACACGUAUUUGAAGCGGUUACUAAGCUCGCCAUGCUGGCUAAGAAGGAGAACCUCAUAAAUGUUGUUCAGGGAAGUUUACAGUUUUGCAUUAGUCCUGGAAAAGAAGGCACAAUAAUUUUUGACACCGGACCAGAGGAACAAAUCUAUAAAGAUAAAAACGGACAGUUGACAGUGACUGACUGGAAUCAUAAUCGUUUAUUUUUCCCUCUGAGUCUACACUGAACAACAGUCAGGAAUGGGUACUAGAGAUACAGAUGCAAACACUGAAUGAAAAAGGAAACAGUUUACUCACAUUUACUUGUCAGGGGACCAGAAGCUGACAUUCAAUUCUUCUCAGUAUUAAAUGUCCAAGCCCAACUCUUCACUGGGUGGCAAAGGCCUGAUGCCUUACCACGUGGUUCUCAAGCGAGUCUCCACAUGGGAAACUCCUGGUGAGCUUUGAAAAAUACCAAGUGUUUGUGUCUCCCCUGUCACCACCCCCAAGACACCAUGAUGCUACAGGUGGAGGGUGAGGCCUGGGCUCUGGAAUGGGAGGCUCCUGGCACCAAGGAGCAGAGGUUUGGGAGACAGGUCCAUGUUAAAAAAUCAAGCCUCGUGCUCCUCCCUAGCGAGUCUGAUACAACUUGGCUGGGAAAUGACAACUAUUCCACCCCAAGGUGUUUGAAUCUUUAAGAUGUAUGUUGUAUAUGUACCAAGGAUUCAGUUUGCUACAAACCAAUCUGAAAAUGGUCUAACAACAUAGAGCAUCUCAUAUACAUUUAACAAUGAAAUGUAUUCUGUCAACAGGGACAAAAUAUUUAAGCAUGAUUUUUAGCGUAAUGGAUAAGGUGAUUUUUCAGUUUACAUGCUGUCUUAAAGCCUUCGCCCCAUGUUCCUCCCUGGCCGGCUCAGGCUGAAGCUAACAGGCCUCAGGGAGCCCAAUUCUAGAUGUGGCUCAGCUCAUGGCAGGGGGUGGGGUGGGGAUGGACAUGGUGCGGGUGGCGGGGCCGGCGGCUCACAGCUUGUCCGUGUCUACCUGGACCAUGUGGGCGGCUGGGGUGCUACCGGCAUCCUUCCGAGGGAGGAGAGACCUCUGAGCUCCAGCCUGUACCCUCGCCAGGUGUCGGUCCGCAUGAAGUCCUGACGGAAGACGGCAUCUGACCUCUCCCAUCGCCACUUUUGCUGCCACUGAGGAGAAACCCGGGAAGCUCGAGUCUGGCCCCGCGAG